AACUCCAUAUAUAGACUAUAGCAACAGACUGUAUUGACAGAUUACAAUGUGUAUAUUUCCGGUGUGCUACUGUGCUUGAAAUGUGUAAAUGUGUAAAAUUAUAUGCAUGUUACAAAUUUUUGUAACAAUUAUUAUAACGUUCAUGUGGAUUAUUUAUUGCUACUCUGCUAAUGUUCCUAAUAUAGUACAAAUCUAGUUGAGUCAGUUGAGCAUGACUAAUGCUAAAACAAAACAUAUAGUCUAGAUCUAGAUCUAAGAACAAAAAGAGAAACCAGUAAUACUCAAUUAAAAUCAUAAUGUCCUCUAGGCGUGAUGCUACACCUGUAGAGUUAUGUCUCAAUAAAGUUAAAGAAAGACAGCAACAACUCGAUGAGCUCCCUCUGACUGACCACUAUAUUAGCACACAACAAUGCCUCCAAGAACUAAGGAAUGGAUCCAACACAUUUUUAGAAGUGACUCAGAAGGUGGAAGAAAUCAAGAAAAGCAGAAAUGUUGAGUCAGAUAUUGAAGCCAGAGCUUUGUAUCUAAGUCAAAGACCACUAGUGUUUGAUAGUGUUUAUAGAGAAGAUGUCCCAGCACAGUCCAAAAUUCAUAAAGACUGUGUCUCAGCUAUACGUAAGAGUUGGUCUUGGAUUCAAACAGUCAAUGAAUGUUUAGGUAUUCACAUUGAAAAUGCUGCUAACUAUCAUCAGUUCUACCAUGAUGUUUGCCACCUGGAAGAAGACAUGCUUUCAUUCUUGCUUUGGAUGGACAGUUCAACAGCUAGAGCUCAAGUCAAGACUCAAGAUCCUGAUGUCAUGUUAAAACAUUUCAGAUUAAUAAUCAAACAAUUGUUGGACUAUCAGGGCCAGUUAGAUCUUCUGACAGAGCGAAGCAGAGAUAUUCACCCAGUUCAUUACCGCAAAGAACUGCCAGAAUGGCCUUUGAAGGCUAGAGCUCUUGUCCAAUAUCAGCACAAACAUGUGUCAUUAGCAAAAGGGGACUUUGUAAUGAUUUUGGAAAAUUCUGAUGCUGAAAGAUGAAAGAUCAAAACUUUAGAUGGAAUAGAAAGUGAAGUCCCUGCUAUUGUGUUGGUCAUUCCUCCAGCUGAUCCUUCCUGCUUCCAACAGAUAGAUAAAUUAAGAGAACAAAUCAAGGUCAAUAGUUCUAUUGCAGCUAAAAGAUUAAGGUCACAUUUGAUCCAGUUUUUUAAGUUCUUCUAUUUCCCAGACACAGUCCAAAGAUCUGGAAGGUUUGUCGGCCCAACAAAAGUAUGAAUUGAUGAAGAUGGUGAAUGAGGCAGCAGACGUCUUGAAAGGAGCUGAUUCAGAGUUCCUUCAACUCAACAAUCUUUUCAUUUAAUUUAGGAAGCUCAUCAGUCAUAUCAAACCAGGUGAUGCUGGAAUCAUAAACAGUACGAUACAGAGGUGGAACAAAACUGGAGCUUUAGUUCGUAUGUUUGUAG